AUCCCGACAACCGGAAGCGACUGGCGGUGCGGACCAUCUGCAUCAGCACACCCGCCGUGUGCUCGUCGUUUUCCAGCUCACCUGAAGACUUGAACACACAACGUCCUGCGUCGUCACCAGCAACACUCGUGACUCCGCCAAGAUGGAAGUACGUGUGGCUCACUCACGGCCAGAACCCCGUCCUCGCUGAUCACCAGAUACCCGAGCUGGUCCGGAAUCCGUUCCAGACCCGCAGUCAGGGCCGCCGUGGUCUAGAAGCACACGAGCUUGUUCAACUAGGAGAUAAAACCAGGUUUAACAAAAAGCCCCCGAGCCCCGCCAACUCACCAUCUUUGCUUUCUUCUCCGUCCUGUUUACGCUUGGUCGCGGGCAGCCAUCACUUCCGGCUUGUGUACGCGUGCUUUCACGUGACUGUGAGCGCUUCAAGGCUGUGGGGAAAAGGACAAUUUGUCUGACGUGGCGAUUUUGAUCACACACUUGACCAAUAUUGGAGUAGACCGGAUCAAUGUUUGUGAUAGCACCGCUCCUUAUAACAAUUUCUACCGAAUCCAAGGCUUACCGGCGACUAAAGCGGCUCUGCUUUUUAUCGGGCGGCUUCCCAGCAGCAGGGGGCGCGAGCUCACAGGAAGUGCUGGUCAGCUGACCGUCACAUGAUCUGCAAUUUCAAGCUAGCGAGCAAAUUUCCUCCGUGAAUUUGAAAAAGUCUCGUCUCAUUUUGUCAUGGCCGGCCGCGGGAAAUUGAUCGCUGUUAUCGGCGACGAAGACACAUGCACCGGAUUCUUACUCGGUGGGAUCGGCGAACUCAACAAGAACCGAAAGCCCAAUUUCCUGGUGGUGGAGAAGGACACGAGCAUCACGGAAAUCGAGGAGACCUUCAAGAGCUUCCUGGCUCGGAACGACAUCGGCAUCAUCCUCAUCAAUCAGUUCAUUGCCGAAAUGAUCCGUCACGCCAUCGACGCCCACAUGCAGUCCAUCCCGGCCGUGCUGGAGAUCCCGUCUAAAGAGCAUCCGUACGACGCCUCCAAGGACUCCAUUCUGCGGCGGGCCAAGGGCAUGUUCUCCGCCGACGACUUUCGAUAAAUGAGAUAAAUGCACCUGCUAAUGGUAUCCAAGUGAUGUCUGUCUCCAUUUCCCCACUUCCCCACGUGAUCGUCGUCUUGUUGGCUUUCCAGGAAGUGAAAAGUUGUCGUGUGACAGUUUGUGUACUUUGAUGUGAUUUAAGCGAUAAAGUCGGAUAAAUGUCCCCACCGCCAUCUUCCGC